AUGAAAAUUUGUUUUUAUUUCACAAAAUAAACUCUGUGCAAUAGAUCAUUUGCUUAAGCAGAUGUUCCAUUAGUUGCGUAUUAAGCAGGUUUGAGCUUUAACAUGGAUUUAAACAGUCCAUUCAGAUGGACACCGAAAAUCUAGAAAAUCGAACAAACACCUGAAUUUUUAAAGAAGAUGAAAUAUUUUUAGAGACUUACUCUAAUGGAAGAUCAUCAUUAUUCUGAACUGAUAGACACAUUUCUUUUUGAAGCACUUAAAAAUACAGAAUUCGAUUACUACUAUGAUUAUAAAUGCGAGUCUAAUACUUAUUGUCCUUUUUAUGGAGACAUACCAUUUUUAAUUUAUAACAAAGUGAAAAAAUACCCUAUAAUACCUGUAAUGAGAACUAAACCAAUCAAUGCAUUUACUUUAGUGGCCAAAGAAAGAGAAAUGCUUAUCACUGAACCUGUUGCAGCAGGAUUAUGGGCAUUAACUAAUUCAUAAGUCUAAAAUAUAGAUAAAGUAAGAAUGUUAUAGACAGAUGGAAAUCAUUGGAGAAUGUUAGAACUAUGUAAAAAUGAAAGAUUCAAAAAGACUGGCAUCUAUUGCUAAGAAAACGAUAGCUAUAGCAAAAUCUAUUAUGAUUACUAAGUUUAAUAGGUCAUUCUAGGAUUAAUUAGAUAUUCUUUGAAUGAAAUGAAUGAGAAAGAACAAGCACUAAAUUUAAUAUAUGACUUUGUUGAUGAAAGAAGGUAUUUAACUCAUGAAGGUGCUCCUCCAAAAGCAACGGCAAAGUUUUGGAAAUUUGUACCUUAAUCAAUUAAGAACUUUUUCUUUUGAGUUUAUUGAUGUGUGUAUCAUAUUAAUUACAGUUAAUUAUUACAUA